AUGGGUGCUGACUGUUCCUGCUUGAGAGAAGAUCCUAAACUCAAUAGAGAUGAGAUGACAAUGCAUGAAUCCAAGAGAUCAGCACUAGUUCAAGAAUCCGCUCAAGAGAAUGACAAGCCUGAAGUAGUUGUUGAAGUCCAACUCCCAAAUUUUAAAAUUAUCUUAAACUAAGAUUAUAAGAGAAGCUCCCCUGUAUGUCAAAAUAAUCAAGCCAUAUUUAUCUUCAUAACGCUAGCCUCUCAUUUUUUCGCUCCUACAGAUUGGGGUGCUUUGACUUGCCACCUAUAAUCAGAGACGCUGCGUCAUCGUGACUAGUUUUGGCUUUCCAAAAAACUCUUAAAAUUGAAUUUUCAUGUCACCUAUCGGCUGAAUAAGAAACUUGAAGCCCAAAACGCAACGCCCAGCAUCGUUCCCAAUUGGCUAGAGCCUUAUUUGUCCUGCUGGAACAUCCCUUUUCAACUCUUCCUCCACAACAUUUUAAUGUAUAUCAAACUCCCAAAUCAUGAAACAAAACUUGACUAUACUGAAAAACAGAGUGCAACUAAAAGCAAAGCUGAUAAAAAACUCAAAAAUCAAGAAACAAAGCACGAAUAUACAGGAAUUCAGAGUGCAGCUAGAGGCUAUCUGGAUAGAAAAGAGUUAUCAGCCAUGAAAGAAAUCCAUCAAGUUAUCAAAAGUUUUAACCCAGAAACUGUUUACGAAGCCUACAACGGCUCCCUCUCCAGCAAGGUAUCAUCUAAUGUUAAAAAAGUAGAAAAACAAUGGGGAAGCUUUUCCCCAGAAACUAGCUCUAAUGAGAAUCGACAAGUCACAUCCCACCAAGCUUAUAUUCUUAAUGAUGAAACCAUCUAUGAAGGCGAAUGGAAUGAAGACGGAGAAAAGCAUGGAAAAGGCAUUGAAAUUGAAGCAGAUGGGUCUAAAUAUGUAGGAUUAGGAUUAUUAAAGUCAGGUGUUAGCCAUAUUGGUGACGCAGUCAUCAAAGACCUUCCGUACGGGAGGUUCUACGACUCCAGCCCAAAAGCCUAUCCCUCUUAUUAGUGCCCUUCAGGUACCUUCUGUCCCAUCCUUGCCUUGAGGCUUCAGUCUUGGUGGCGGCUUAUGGAUUUCUGCGGCCCUGCUACGGACGAUUGGAGUGGCUUGAUUCCAAGGAUCCUUGGAGUCUAUCAAGUGUCGAAGUGCCUUUCUUCGAGAGCUACAGGAAAAAGACUGUUCCCCUGUGGUCUGGACCGAAACCUCCAUUUUCUCAGUAGAGGAAUGCCCAUAGGUUCUCGGAUCCAAAGGACGUUGUUGAGCAUCUCUCUAUUUUCAACUACAGGAAAUCAGCCAAAACCUACUUGGAUGCACAUCUCUUGAGCCUGCACUUGAUUCUCAGCUCAGAGUCCGUCCCAGUUCCCCUGUAGCCAUAAAGUUCGGACUACUACGCCAAAAGGGCAGGUUGGCACGUGUCGCCAUUUUAAUGUACAUGUCUAAAUAUGUAGGAUACUUCGUAAAUAACAUAAGAUGUGGAGAUGGGCGUCUAAUUACGGCAGAAGGAGAUUUAUAUCAAGGAGAUUUCAAAGGAGGCAAGCUUAAUGGAAAAGGAGCUCUCUAUCGCUAUGAUGGAUCCAAAUAUGAAGGCAACUUCAAAAAUGGUGUACAGCAUGGAGAAGGAAAAGAAGAAACAGAAGACUGGAGUUAUAAAGGAAAUUAUAAAAAUGGAUUAAAACAUGGGAAAGGAGUGUUUACUUUGCAAAAUGGAAGCUAUUAUGAAGGAGAAUUCAGAGAUAACGAUAUGCAAGGGUACGGGCACUAUGUUUGGAAUGAUGGCAAAGAAUAUAAGGGAGCAUGGAAGGCAAAUAAAAUGCAUGGGAGUGGAGUCUUUACGUGGCCUGAUGGAAGGAAAUAUGAUGGAGAGUACGCAAAUGAUGAGAAGCACGGACGUGGAGUUUUCAGUUGGCCUGAUGGGAAAAUUUAUGAUGGGGAGUGGAGAAAUGGGAAACAAGAUGGAAAAGGACAUUUGACAUUCCCAGUUAAAAACAAGAAUAAAUUUGAAACAAGAUACGGAAUAUGGAAAAAUGGAGUAAAGACGCAAUGGAUUAAGGAAGGAAAAGAUCUGGAGUAG